UGUGCACUCCGCUGCUUCUUUCAGCCGCGUAUGCUGGCCACUGCAAUAGAUAGUUAUCAAUCACGCAAUGGGUAUUUGUUUGUCUGCCAUGUUGGAGGUUCAGAUUGGGGCUGGAGAUGGGAAUACCAGUACACUUGUGCAUUCUUGUUUCUUGUCUUUGUUCAAUGUGCUUGUGUUCAAAUUCACGAUGCUAACCUUUUCAUGCUUCUUGCUGUUUUUAGUGGCAGGUGGCUUUCUUGGUUUGUGCAGCAGCACACCCUGGUGUUGUGGAGGAAAAGUUGACACAGAUGUGACAGAAUCCUCUGUACGAUUCACCUGCUCGUCAAGGUGAGCUCUUCCCCCUCUUCACGUGGUCUCCAUAGCGAUGAGAAACAUGAUCCUACUGCUGGACACCUGAGUCCACCAACUGAAUGUUUCAUGGACUCACACGCUACCACAAGCAGGACCAGGAGACACCAUCAGAACCUGAACCGGGCACACAGGUGAUGGUGUCAGGAUGUCGGAUGGCAGGCAGAGAGCCAUGUCGGCAUCGGGCGAGUCUCUGUACGCGCUCCUGGGUCUGGAACCGGGAUGCAGCCACGAUGACGUAAGGAAGUCGUAUAGGAAGCUAGCGCUCCGUUACCAUCCGGACAAGAACCCAGACAACCCCGAGGCAGCGGAGAAGUUCAAGGAGGUGAACGCGGCUCACGCCGUCCUGUCCGACCACGGCAAGAGGAACAUCUACGAUGCUUACGGUUCCCUGGGGCUCUAUGUGGCUCAGCAGUUCGGAGAAGACAAUGUCAAUGCCUACUUCAUGCUCACCACCUGGUGGGCCAAAGGUUUGUUUGUACUCUGCGGGAUCCUGACUGGAUUUUAUUGCUGCUGCUGUUUGUGCUGCUGCUGCGACUGCUGCUGCGGGCGCCUCAAGACCACGCCCCCCGGUGAUGAGGAGGUGGAGACACCCUAUGGCAACCUCCAGGAGGAGGAGGAGGAGCUACAACAUCUGCCCAAUGACGUGAAUGCACCUGUCGUUCAGCAGCCGACCAAUGCUAGCGAGAAAACGCAACUCAUCUCAGACGGACGCCGCAGAUAUGGAGACACCUACACAUGAUUAAUGUCAUCAACAUGUCUGUCACCAUGAUGACUGUCACCAACUCAGCUUCUUCAUCUAUGUUGGGAAUCCCGUAUUUACUGGCCUUUAUAGAAAUUUGGCCGAUUUAUAAGCGAAUGGUGGACCUGGAUAGGUCUUCUACGUUUUCACUGAUGGUCGUUAGGGAAUAGGGAAUGGGUAAAUUAUUCCUUUAUUUAUUUUUCCGGACUCCCCCAACACUAUUCACAGUGAUUUUCAGUGGAUUAACUAUCUCAGUCCACCAUCUUAGAAUUCCGUAAUUGUGCUUAGCGAGUCGGAAAUGAGUCAACAAUUCCCAACCCAGCCUUUAAGGUUUUUUUUUUCCCCUUUUGCUCAGGAGACUUCGGUUUCAAUGUAUUCAAUA